ACAAGAUUAUUCGAGGUAUGAAUCAUUUGCGAGACCUGCACUGCACAAGCUGAAACAAGUAGGUCCGCGGGAGAAAUCGAAACAGCAUUGAUGCUUGCCACGCAGGCGAGGGCGAGCUCGCCAUGACGAUGCAUGAAUCGUUUCAAUAAUAAAGAGGAAGUACACAGGAAUUGUGUGGAUAACAUCAUUAACAUCAGCGUUCUACGAGAGUGUGUUCAAAUGGUGGUUUAUUGAUGGCUUCUCCACGGACUCCUCCGACAGAACACAGCGAUCGCGAAUGCAGUCGCGAAAAUUGUUCAAGGCGAGCGAGACGUCACCAUGUCCACGACUCUCCGGUUCAAUGCUCCGAGGAAGAAGGCAAUCUACCCGCCGCACUUUUUCGACAAGAUGUAUGUCAGGAAGGUGGUGCCUUUAAUUUUGAAAUCAUCUCGCUGAUCAAAGGUUAUUCAGAGAACAGUGGUCCAGGAGAGCAACGUGCUACCGGUUCAAGCACUCUAGUUAAAGGACCGAAGAAUGUUAUUGUAGACACUGGAAAUCCCUCUGAGAAAGACAAACUUUUGAAGGCACUGGACGAAAAGGGCCAUUUGCCUCCGGAGGAAAUUGAUUUCGUUGUUUGUACGCAUGGUCACUCCGAUCACGUGGGAAACUUGAAUCUAUUCCCGGAUGCAACAUUCAUUGUUUCCUAUGAUGUAUCAAAGAAAGAUCAGUAUAUUGUUCACCAAUUUAAACAUGGCGUUGUAUAUAAAAUUCAUGAGGAUGUGGAAGUAUGGCCAACUCCAGGGCAUACGGACAGUGAUGUUAGUGUAAUUGUGAAGAACACUCGACAUGGCACAGUGGCCAUCACGGGCGAUCUAUUUGAAAAAGCAGCAGACCUUGCACGAGAGGACUUGUGGAAGGCGUAUAGCGAGCACGAGGAAUUGCAGAGAGAUAAUCGUGAAAAGAUUCUUGGUAUAGCUGACUAUAUUGUACCCGGUCAUGGAGCAAUGUUCAGGAAUCCCAGAAAGUAAACUGUGUGAUAUCAAAUAUUUCUUUCUAAAAAGGCAAAGUUUUGCCAGACAUGUAUUUUGUAUAUAGAACGCGGUAUGCAAAUAUGCCAAACAAAUACACGAAGUGUCCAUGUAACAAUAGAGAUUUGCAAAAUAUUUUUUGGAAGGGAAUUCAGUAUACUGGAGUGAUAAUUUUAAUGUAUAUGUAACAUGUUUGGCAGAAUUUCGAAAACGAUUGUCUUGAAAUGCUUAUCUUUGUUUUAUAUGCAAACAUUUCUCUAUCUUAUGAUAUCACACAGCGUGUUCACAUU